CAAUUUGUUUUUUAAAAAAAGGCACAUAAAUCAAUUUUUAAAUACAAAAACUUAAUGAAAAGGGAUAAAAAAAACAAAAAAAAAAAUGGUCAAACGCACAUGGGUCAAGCCCAUACGUUUAGCCUUGAUAAAAAAGCCUAGGCGUGCAUGACUUUGUUCUUUUUUUUUUCCUAAGGAAUGGAUGUUGCAUUGUCUGCUCUUGUUUUUUUUUUAAGGCAAGUGAUAGGACGCCUUCAAUAACAGGAAACCUAUCGUAGAACGGUUGCCAACUAGUCGUUUUCUGAUAACCAAAGGUGAUUGGAAAAUUGAGGUUAAUGUUUUUGGAUUUCAAAAACCUAAUUAUCAGCUUGCUUUUACUUGAAAACACCUCCAAAACACAAUAUAAACCUUGACAAACUACUUGACAACCUCCAAACACUUCAAAAUCAUUCUAAAAAAUGAAAAUACUGAAAAAAACAAAUGAAAACCAAUCUACUUUUCUUGCCAUGUUUAGAGAAAAAAACCACAUUCAUUUAACUCCGCUCGAGAAAAGGAACCCGUUGACACAAAGAUCCUCUUUUUUGGUGACCAAAAUAUGGCUAGCCAAUAAGUUUCUCUCUCCUCUCUAAACUAGAAAUUGAAAAAUAAACAAACUAAAUUCUUGAACCAAGAUAAAAAUGCUAAAAACUUUGAAAUUGACCACGCAUUUUCUCCAUGUUUUACAUUGUGAUAUGCGUGUUUUACAUUGUGAUUUUUUUUUUAAUUUUGUCAUUGUACUAUAAUUGAAAACUUUAUUUCAUGAAAUUAAGUGAAAAAAGGAUUAAAUAAAAAAGUUUGAGGAUGAAUUUAUAAAAAAACAGAACAAAAAUGAAAAAGAGAGAGAGAGAGAGAGUUGGUAAGCAGCUUAACUUUCACAUGAACAAUGAAAGCGAUCCCAUUUCUUUUAGUAUAUUUAGUAAUUAAUGAUUGAUUAAAUUUUCUAAAAAAGAUGAAGGUGAUAAUUUGUCAAAUUGUUACAAAUGUUGGAACAGUAGUGAGGUUUUCUAGAAAAAAAAAAUUAGAAGGAAAAGAAAGAAAGUAAAGAAAAGAAUACAAACCGAUCGCGUUGAAUUCCUUAAACAAAUCCUGGCCAUUCAAAAUAGGGCAAGUGUAUCCCUAUUCUCCCUCCAUACACCUGUUCGAAGCAGUUUUUUGAUAUCUUCGCCUCAAAAAACAGUAGCAUAACAGCAAGCAAAUCAGCAGUUUCUUGACCGCAUCCUGAUAGCCAGUGAUAGCUAAAUCCCUAGCUACGCAAGUAAUUGACUCAAGGGAUUUGAGAAAUGAACACGAUAGUGAGAAGAGCAUAUAAUCUCUGUAGGAGUCCGCCGCUGCUGCCAAUUCAGGGAGUUAACUCAGUGAGUGGAGGAGAACACCAGAUACAACAGUGCAGGGGGAUCAGAGUGAGGGUACAUAAUGGGAACUUGGAGCAGGCAUUGAAGUUUAUGCAGAGGAAGAUGCAGUCCAGUGGGAUUGAAAGGCAAAUAAAGAACUUACAAACUCACCAUGUUAAGAAUUCAGAGAAGCGAGUUUUGGCUCGUAAAAAGCUUCAGCGUAGGAUUCAAUCCCAAGAACUCGCUCACAGGAUCAAGGUUAUCCUCGCUGAUAAAGCCAGGGGCCUGUGAGAAAAGCUUUGAAGUACCUUUCUUGGUGCAAGAUGGACUCUUGAGAGGUUGAUUAACCAGCAGGCUUUUUUUUCAGCUUCAAGUGAACUUCAGCUGUUCUUUCAAACUCUUUUUACGCUCUCGUGGUAGUCUCUAUUAUCCGAAUUAGUUCUGUUUGCUUUGCUGAAUGUUGGGUAAUUUUUGCCCCCUGUGAAAAAAGGAGACUGGAAAAAAAAAUACAUUUUAUAAAAUAAAAUUUAUAAAAUUUGGUUA